AGUUGACGAGGCAUACGGUCGGUGGUCGAUCUCCGGUCAAGCAAUUUUUGUUAAAUUUCCGUAUCCUUCUUGAUUGCGUGGCUAUUACGGCCCUCUUGUUGUUGUUGUUGUUAUUGUGUGUGUGUUAAUUUGUGUGUGCUUUAUGAGUGUUUAGGCCAUGUUGCCUUUGCCGCUGGCCAAGUCGAAUCGUGCGCAAAUAUUCCAAGUGUUGUUACCCUUUAACGGGCCGAAAUGGUGCGACGCGCCUCGAGCGUGCCGCAUCUGAAUAACAGCGGCGCCAGCAGCGCCGAUAGCGUCACAACUACCCGCGGACGUGCUCCAGCUGGAGGUGUGCGUCUCAAGCGCUCCACUGGCGGCAAGGCGACGACGCCGACACAACAGCGUCAGAGCUCCGGCAGCAGCAGCGGCUCCCGUGUACCGCGUUCCCGCAGUCUGACCAACGGCAUGCGACGUCUGAGUCCCCAAAAGGGCGGCAGCAGCGGCAGUUCACGCAACACCCCAUACUUUCUACGGUCGCGUGAAAACGAAAUUGGUAGUGCUGAUACUCUGGAAAUCGUGGCCUCCAAGUCAACGGGAACGGCCAGCGAGGAGCCAUCGACGCCCGAGGACAACAUCAAUGUGGUGGUGCGUGUGCGUCCAUUGAACGACAAGGAAAAGCGUGACAGGCACGGACCGACUCUGCAGUUUCCUGGCAAUGGACAAGUCAUCAUUGAGGGCAAUGACAUGGGCGCAAAGCGAUCCCAUAAUCGCGAUAGUGUUCGCGUCUUUACGUACAAUGUGGUCUUUGAACCUGGCGCCACACAGGAGGAUAUCUUGGACUAUUCUGGCAUUAAGCGUAUUAUUGAGAUGGGCAUAGAGGGCUUCAGCUGUACGGCCUUUUGCUAUGGACAAACGGGCUCGGGUAAAACACAUACACUCACCGGACCACCUGAUUUGUUUAUGGGUAAACCGAAUCCAAAAGAUCCACGACAUGGCCUGAUCUUCCGCUCGUUUGUGUACCUCUUCCAGUUGAUUAAAAAUCGCAAAGAUGUUAACUAUGUACUCAAGGCGUCCUUUAUGGAGAUUUACAACGAACGAGUAAUCGAUUUGCUCAAUCCGGGAAGCGCUCGGAAACCGUUGGCUGUGCGAUGGUCCAAAAAAUCCGGUGGCUUCUUUGUGGAAAAUCUAUUUACCGUGGACUGCGAGGAACUCGAUGAUUUGCUCGCCGUGCUCGAGGAGGGUAUGAGAAAUCGCGCUGUGGGUUCGCAUGCGAUGAACGAUCAUUCAUCACGCUCCCAUACGAUUUUAACCGUACAUAUACUAUCCGAUCAACAAACCGAUGGCGGGGUAUUUCUUUCUAAACAUGGCAAGAUCAAUUUCGUAGACUUGGCUGGCAGCGAACUGACCAAGAAAACCAUGAGCGAGGGCAAAACCCUCGAGGAGGCGAACAACAUUAACAAGAGUCUCAUGGUGCUCGGCUACUGCAUCUCAUCGCUGAGUGACAACAAGAAACGCAGUGGUCACAUUCCCUACAGGGACAGCCAGUUGACAAAACUGUUGGCCGACAGUCUAGCAGGAAAUGGUGUUACCCUGAUGAUUGCCUGUGUGUCGCCGGCUCACUAUAAUCAUGCCGAGACGCUUAAUACUCUGCGCUACGCGUCACGGGCGAAACGGAUACGAACGAAACCCGUUAUCAUGAUGGAUCCCCGAGAGGCACUGAUUCUCAGCCUGAAGAGGGAUAUACAUGCGCUGCAGAUGGAGAAUGAACAUCUGAAGGCGGCUCUCAACCUGCAUCAUCAGGCGGGAACAGUGGGAGAUCCUGUUGCCAACCUGUUGGAUCUGCAACUAGAGCGUGUAAACAGCGGUGAUGCAGGCAUUCCAGUGCCCAAAGUGGAUCUUGAGCGGCUGCCCGAAUUGGAUGGCACCGAACUGGCCGAGCUCGUGAAACUCUAUAUGGCCGAAAACGAAUCACUGCGGCAGGAAAAUAAUCAUCUGUUUACGGUGCGCGAAACAAUACUUAGGGACCAGGAGAUUGUGUGCAGGGAAAACGAACGAUUGCUCAAGAAAUUGGAGGAAGUCAACAAUGUAUGUGUGCGUUCACCUUUGAUACCCGCUCGACCGGCAUUUUCGCCAACAACUGGCAAAGAAACACCCGGUACCGAGAUCUGGACAAAUCCUGACCCAGCUGUUCCAGCAGCAGCAACAACACCAACAGCCCUUCUCCCCCUUGACCAACGGAUGUCUGAGGACGAGAACAAGCGUACUCAUACGGCACAGAAACGUAUUGAUCAACAGCGCAUCGCCAAGAAUAUUUUGUUAAUGGCAAAUGCGUUUAGGAAACCUAAUGCUCAGCCAGAACAGGCUACGGAGAACAACAAUACCAUCAGCAAAAACAAUAAUUCAGUUCAAUCUGAUUAUAUGCCAGACAUGCUCACAUAAUAAUUCUGCACACAUAAAUAAUGAAUAUAUAUUUUUGAAACAAUGAACAUGCGAUAAAACGCAACUUAAAUAAAUACCGUUAAAAAUUCAAAGUAUUUUUCUUUGCGCUG